CGAACUGGUAGCCACCGCUAUUUUCAAACACCAAACAAUCAAACAACAUGGCGGUGUCACAGGCAGUGGUUGUGUUUGCGCUCUGUAUAUUAUUGAAUGGCGGAAAUGCUCAGAAAUCUCCAACAAUAUCAUAUAUAUCUCAAACUCAAAUAAAGGAUGUCGGCGGUGUGGUCGAGCUGGCCUGUUCAGUACAAUACACCACAGAUUAUCCAGUUGUUUGGAUGAAACAAGACAGCAGUCUACCUAUUUCUUCAGGCAGUAGUUUAAUUCUUCACGAUUCAAGAUUCGCCUUAAAAUACGACAGGUCCAGUUCCACCUACACCCUCCAAAUCAAAGACAUGCAAGAGACCGACGCGGGAACUUACGCAUGUUCAAUCAUCAUAUCGACCAGUAGUCGGGUGACUGCCACGGUGGACGUUCAAGUGAGACGACCUCCAUUUAUCUCCGACAACUCCACAAGAUCCGUCGUAGUCUCUGAGGGGCAACCGGUCGAAAUGGAAUGCUACGCAGGCGGGUACCCGACUCCGAGAAUAUCUUGGAGAAGGGAGAAUAAUGCCAUUUUGCCAACUGGAGGGUCUAUUUAUAGGGGCAACAGGUUGAAGAUCAGGAGUAUCAGAAAGGAGGAUAGAGGGACUUAUUAUUGUGUGGCCGAGAAUGGUGUUGGCAAAGAGGCCAGAAGAAAUAUUGCAGUGGAAGUUGAAUUUGCUCCAGUAGUCACAGUUCCUAAGCCGAGAUUAGCGCAGGCUUUGCAAUACGAUAUGGACUUAGAAUGCCAAGUAGAGGCGUAUCCUCCCCCGGCAAUCACAUGGAAAAAAGACGAUUUUGUCUUAUCCAACAAUCAACAUUAUAAAAUUUCACAUUUUUCCACAGCAGACCAGCUUACCGCCACCACUCUGAGGGUGAUAACUACUGAAAAGAAACAGUAUGGAGAAUAUGUAUGCGAGGCGGGUAACAAAUUUGGCACUUCCGUCGGGAGAGUCGUGUUAAUUGAAUCCGUAAUACCCGUGUGUCCGCCGGCCUGCGAUUCGGGCCGAUACGGAGCGUCUUCCACCCUCUCCACCAGCACCGCCGCCUUGUUUAUUUCCCUCUUCAUUUGUAUAUACCGAAAUGUCUACGCCCAACGUUAACUACCCGGGACUCAUAUGGAUAAAUCAUGGUAGUAAAUUGCGCGCACCUCACUUUAUUUUACUUGCGCUAACUGUCGGUUAUUUAGGUUGCCCUUGGGUUACUUAGGUGACCGUUUUAAAUUCUUGAAAUUGAGUCUCUUUAAUUUAUCUUUAAAAGAAUACAUUUUUUAUUUUUAUGAGUUUGGUUAGUCAUAAUUAAACAGGGAGCAGCUUUAGGGUGAAUUUUAAUCACUGGUUGUGUUUAUAGGCUAUUUAUUAAGGGCACAAUAAUAAAAUUAUAUGGCGAGGAGCUCUUAUAGAGACUAAUAAUUUCUAAAUAAUUUAUUGUUGUACUCGUGUAAUUGCAUACAUUUAAAAAUGUAGCAAAAAUGAUAUUACAAAUAAUCUCUCAGUGUCUUAAGUUAUUUUAUAUGUAACUUAUUCUAGGCUAGGUUGUGACGUACCAAUAUUAUAAAGGUUUAUUAAUAUAAGCACAAUCAACGAAUUCGAAAAGGUUUGUACUUAUCCAAAUAAAUCUAAUACGCUCUCGCAAUUAGAUCAGGCAUUAUUGGAUAUAUAAGCCUUUAAAAAUUCAUUUUUGUACAAAAAAAAACGCAAAUAUGUGUAGUAAAAAUAGGGCCUAAUAUGUUUAUUUAACGAUUCUUUCAACUUGCUUAUAGAUUUUCAUAUUUUGUGACUGAUAGAUGUACUUUAAUGGUUGUUGUUGUAUACAUAUAUGCCUUUUUUCGAUUUUAUUUUCUCACUAAAUGGUAUACUUAACAUUCCCACCAAGACUGAAAGAGGCAUCUUUUUGAAAUCAAACUUAGUUCUUAGGCUCAAAUACUCAACGAGAUUUUAAGCGCCCGGAUUGCAUUUUAAAACUUUUUUGUGAUCUUGUAUUAUAUUUGUGUAUUAUUUUUUCUUAGAUAUUUUUUAAUUCGUCCAUUUUAGUUGUAAUUAUAUUUUUUAUCAGUAAUAAAUAUGUACAAAAUA